GGAAGAGAUGGAAAAGCAACAGAAGCUGUCCCAAUGUGUUUCACCGUUCCAUUGUCCCCAAGACUUGGUUAGUAAAUGUGAGUGAAGUGUGCUAUAGAUCCUGCACUAUGUUUGUGUAAGUCAGAGAAAAAGAUCCCUCCUCUCUCUCCCUGAUGACACCUGAGGUGGGAACAAUCCCAGCUGCACAUACAAUCCGGGAAUACUAAAAUGCUUUACAUAAGUGACGCAGCCCAGCACUGCACCACGUCCCAGUUUAAUUUGCUAAACAGCAGCAUGGAACAGAGUAUCACCAACCGUGCAUCUUCCGCCAGCCCUUACAACUCGGAGCACACAUCGAAUGUCCCAACGCCAUCUCCCUACUCGCAACCAAGCUCUACGUUUGACACAAUGUCGCCUGCUCCGGCUAUCCCCUCCAACACAGACUACCCAGGACCACAUUUAUUUGAAGUCACUUUUCAGCAAUCAAGUACUGCAAAAUCAGCUACCUGGACUUAUUCACCACUGCUGAAGAAACUUUACUGUCAAAUUGCAAAGACAUGUCCCAUCCAAGUGAAACUGGCUUCGCCACCACCUCCGGGCAGUGUAGUGCGUGCAAUGCCAGUUUACAAAAAGGCUGAACAUGUGACUGAAGUGGUGAAACGUUGCCCCAAUCAUGAACUUGGCAGAGACUUCAAUGAUGGCCAGUCUGCUCCAGCCAGUCACCUGAUCAGGGUGGAAGGAAACAACCUUGCUCAGUAUGUCGAUGAUGCUGUCACCGGGCGGCAGAGUGUCAUGGUACCAUUCGAACCCCCACAGGUUGGAACUGAGUUCACUACAAUUCUCUACAACUUCAUGUGUAAUAGCAGCUGUGUGGGUGGAAUGAAUCGAAGACCUAUCCUCAUUAUCAUUACCUUGGAAACAAGAGAUGGUCAGGUUCUUGGACGUCGGUCGUUUGAGGGUCGAAUCUGUGCCUGCCCGGGAAGGGAUCGGAAAGCGGAUGAGGAUCAUUACCGUGAGCAGCAAGCCAUCAAUGAGAGUGCAGCAAAAAACGGAAAUGGUAACAAACGCACCUUCAAACAGACACCACAAGCAGCACAGGGACCCAGUGCAGGCAUUAAAAAAAGGAGACAUGGAGAUGAGGAGUUCUUCUAUGUACCAGUGCGAGGCCGAGAGAAUUUUGAAAUCCUUAUGAAGAUCAAAGAGAGCCUGGAGCUGAUGGAACUGGUACCCCAGCAGCUUGUUGACUCCUACCGGCAGCAGCAACAGCAAUUGCUGCAGCGACAGCAGCAGUCUUCAUCUUACGGUACAGUGAUCCCCCCCACAAACAAGGUACCCAAUAUGAUGAACAAACUGCCCUCUGUCAACCAACUGGUGGGACAGUCCUCCCAGCACAGCCCAAGUACCUCAGCCACCCAUGGACAUAUUGGGCCAACUAUAAUGAACAACCACCACCAUCACCACCAUCAUCACAUCCCAACCAAUGGAAACAUGAAUGGAGGGAAUUCCUCUCAGUCAGCAGGUAUGGGGCCUGCUUCCCACUGCACCCCGCCCCCACCCUACAAUGCAGACCCCGCUCUCGUCAGUUUUUUAACAGGUCUGGGCUGCCCUAACUGUCUGGAAUAUUUCACCUCACAAGGGCUGCAGACUAUGUACCACUUGCAGAACCUUUCCAUGGAGGAUCUUGGAGCAUUAAAGAUUCCAGACCAGUAUAGGCUUCUGAUUUGGAGGGGGCUUCAGGAAUUCAAACAGGGGCAUGACUACAGCUCACAACAGUUGAUCAGAUCCAGCAACAACACCGCCACAAUCAGUGGAGAGCUUCAACGUCAGCGGGUGAUGGAGGCCGUCCACUUCCGCGUGCGUCACACCAUCACCAUACCAAACCGGAGCGACGACUGGGGAGACUUUGGCUUCGACCUGCCUGACUGCAAGACGCGAAAGCCGUCAAUCAAAGAGGAGUUUACUGAGAGUGAGCUAAAUUAAACACAGGAAAGGGAAAAGGAAGUUCUGCGGCAUCUCGUGUUGCUAAAAGCACUGACUGGUGUAAAAUAAGCUGAGGGAGGUUGGAGUGUCUGUUCCAGCUGACCAAUCCUGCUAUAGUGCUACAAACAUUGUCCCUGGUUGCUCCUGCCCAGGCAGGUUAAAUACUCUGCAGAACAGAGGAGUUCACUUAUCAAUCAAAUGUGGGGUCACCUCACUGCUCUUCUCGGAGGUAAUCUGAAUGCUCAAUGUUUUUUUCCCUCUUUCUCAUUGCCUUCUAUCUUUGCAAUAUUUCUAAUCAGAUAACACUCGCACAUCCACCACCAUACUCCAUCAAUCAUUGAUUAUGGGUCUGCAAUGUUCCUUGUUUACUCUGAGCAUAGCAUCUGUCACAUUCCUCUUCGUGCUCAGCCCAACUGUUGCCAUGCACAGCUCACACUUUGCGGGGCUGCCAGAAAUAUUUGUGAAUUAUAUCUGUAUUAGCAGUACUAGCAGACCAGCUCUACUCCAUCCUUCCUGUGGUAUUCAUACAUUUGUUGAUUUCCACAAUUGAUAAUGUUGUUGACUCUUAACAUUAUAGAAAAUUUUUGAUGAUGAGAACUAAGUGUGUAUUGAAAUGUAAUGUCUACUUGAACUGAAAUCUUUUCACCUACAGUGCAGUUCUCCUCUUUGUCAAGGAGCUCCAGUCUUAAUAAACAUGAAAAUAGUCUUAGAGGUACCCCAAAGUUAACAGAUGAGAAAAAAAGAUGGGUGGGUAAAGCCUUCAUUGUGGGUAUAUGGUUAAGGCUAAGGACAACUGUGUCAUUGAAAGAGGAGUUUGAUGGCUCACUAGAUUAUGACAACAUCUUACAAAUCUAGCAGUUUUAUAUUUUUAAAAAAUGAAAAUAUUGUGAAUAUACAGCAGGACCAUAAAAACUUAUCAAGUGAGAGUCUAGAUUAAUGUUUCAAGUGUAGAAGUAGAAACUGGAAUAAAGGGGCCCCUUUAAACAUGUUCCAAAGAUUUUAAUAUUUCUCAUGAGUAUUUGUUGUUUCCUUUUGCCAAAAAGUACACCCAUUGUUUCUAAUUGGUUUGCAUUUCUACAUUAUUCCAUCUGCAAAAAAUUGCAUGUAUUAUAUAAAGUGUUAAUCGCAAUACAAUACAGUUCCUUAAAGUGGCCCCCUGAUCUUCCAUUUCCCACAUUCUACACCAGAAAUGUUAAACUCUGUCACCCGCCUUCCUCUCACCCGGUUGAGAUAAAACUGAGCCAGGCUGACAGGGACCAAUGUGCCUGUCGUUGUAACAGAAUUUAUCGUUAGCUCCUGACCCAAUCCAGAGCCAACAGUCAGUGGGACGAAAGCUAGGGGGAGUUUAGACUUCCCUGUCAGUGGAGAAGAAAGCUAGUCUGAGUUUAAACUCACCUGUCAGUUUGCUAUUGCUUGUUAUUAUUUUUGUCCAAAAAGAAUUUCUACCAUUUAGUUUUCCAUUCAAUCCUGGGUUAACCAUUAAACACAUUAGUCUGUCCUUCAACCUGCCCUUUAGCUGCUGCAGCAUCUUGCUGUCUUCAUCAAGUACACAUGUUGCUGGAAUUUUCAUCUGCACCUUUCAUACCGUCACAUUCAACUCCUCCAGCUCUCUUCACCAGCUUUGCUAGACUCUGCCCCAUUCAAACAUCAGCACUCCAUCCUGAUCAUCCAACAUCUCUGUCCUCUGCUCUCUAUAGAUGAGAACAGUUGCUGUCCAUCUAAGAACUAUUUCAAAAUACCUGCCUUUCAAGGACCUCGUGUCGAGAUUUGGGAAGCUCAUCCAAGACUAAUAUGUUGAGCUGAAAAUUGUUUCCUUGAACUGAUUUCCAGGCCCUUUCCUGCACUACUCUGAAGCCAUACUCACUGUUUAAUCUUCCUCCACUACUCUGGAGUGAAACAUCUUAAGGUAGUCCAUUAAGUUGAGAGCAUUUGAUACACCUUUAACUAUGGUGAGGCAGGGCUGAUUUUUAAUGUGUAAUCAAUAGAUAAUACUUAGUUUAAAAUAAUUUAUUGAUGCAACAGGGAACUUCACCCACCAGAAAAAAGCACACGAACACCAGCAUUCUAACUGGGCUUCACUUGUGAAUCAUCAACUGAUUGCCAUGUCGGAUACAUUACAUCGUUCACUGGAGAAUCAUUGCAACGUGUGACACAUAAACUAUGCCCCAGAAUAGCCCUUGAAUCCCCAAAUUAACUUGCAAUUCUGUGCUUGGUUAAAUCUUCUAGCUAGGAAAGAAAAUCCUCAUUUUGAAAGAUCUUUGGCAGGGGUUCCCAACUUGGGGUCCACGGACCCUUUGCUUAAUGGGAGUGGUCCAUGGCAUAAAAAAGGUUGGGGACCCCUGACCCAGGGGAACCCCUUGAAAGGUAGUACCCACUGUGAAUAAGGUAGCUCUAACACAAGUUAAUGGCAGCUCUAGUGUAGUCACUAGUGAGACUCCAUCAUGUAUGCAUGAUGGCAGGGAAUCAUACCUAUAGCACUCAAGAGGAUGCAUUGGGUCUGUAAAUUUUCUAGAUCCAGUUGCAGACUAACUCAUACUGAUGAAGCUGCAUUUCAACUAUUUUUAUCUGAGGACAGAACAGACCAUGUAAGGCAACAAAAACUUGCCUCUAGAAAACUGAAAUUAAAGCAGAAAUGCUGGAAAUACCCAGCUGGUUUGGGAGCAUCCACAGAGAGAAACAGAGAUAAUGUUUUAGGUCAAUGGAUUUUCACCAGAUGAAACAUUAAUUCUUAAUUCUCCAUGGACACUGCCAGACCUGUUAGAAAAUCACAAAAUACCCAGCAUUUUGUUGUAUAGUGAAACGCAAUGCACUGUUGACCAGAUUCUGAUCCUUCUCUUUCUGUCCCAGACUGUUUCCAGGUCAAUUAAUUUCAGGUAUUUUAAUGCAUGUUAAUUUCUUUUUAAUUGAAAUACUUUAAUCCCGAGCUCUUGUGCAAAAUCUUACUAAGACUUUCACUGAAAAUGUGUUGUUCCAUCGGUUUUAAACAAUAUGUAAAUAUAUAUAUAUUUUCCUUUUGGAUGUAUUUUGUGAUGUACACACCUUGCAGGGCAAGGCAAUUCUAUCCCAAUGAACUAAUGGAAGAAAAAUUCCUCAAGCCAUCUGUAGCAGAUGCAGUCAAAUUUACAGCGUGUAGUGCUGCAGUGUUGCAUUUAGAGCCAGUGGCUAUUGCUUCUGUCCCAUUGUGGAAAAGACUGAGCUCCUGGAAGCACGGUUCAUUCUUUCUCAGCUAAAAAACAGGGUAAAUAAUGGAUGGUAGAAGUUCCCAGUGGGCCACACUGCAGGGAGACAAAUAAAUGGCUUUUUGUUUCUUCUUGACGUCAACCAUGUUAUUUUCAAAACUGUCCAUUGUUAAAAUGGGCAGCCCAAUUAGAGGAAGAAAAGUCGCCUCCAAAAAUAAAGUGCCCAACUUUAUUCCAUCAGAUGUCCGAAUGAUGUGACCGUUCAGGUGACAUUAAUCUUCCCAUUACUCACCAUACUUCUCUGGCAGCUUUGCUAUUAAUAGAAGUUUUCAAGAACAAUUUUUAAAAUGCUUUUUAAAGUCCUGAUUAUUACUUAUUGAAUCAUGAUGGAAAGAUGGCAAAUUAAUACUUAUUUUGCUGAUAAUUCCACAAGGUUUAGUAAUCCCAUUACCCCAGUGGGCACAGUACCUUGAAUUGCCAGGAGAUUUAAAAAGAGAAGGGUGGCAGUUAAAUCACACAACUAGGGAGGUAUGUUUUAACAAUAGACAAAUUUGGGACAGAAAUGUGGAAGGUCUUUGUAAAUUGUGUGUGAACUCUUAACCAUAACCUUUGUAAUUUUUUUAAGACUGCAAUGAAUCAAGGAUGAAUAAUAUCCCAUUUCCUUGCUUAAGAAUCUGUGCUAUGUGAAUAUACUGCACCAGAUUGGUUAUGGCUGGCAGCACUGGCAUUGUACAGUUAAUAUUGUGAUGACCUUGAAGUUUAGGUUGCUCCAUGCACCCUUUAAACCCUAAUGGUUAACAAGUCCCAGUUAAAUUUCCACUGUACUAUUUCAAUCCAGCUGGUGACCCACUUGCUGUGAAAAUGUUGCCCAAUGAACCACAAGGAACAAAUUGAUAGAAUUAACCUGAGAGCCAUUUACAAGGUCUGUUUAUACAUUGAGGAGCCUGAGUCUGCUUCAUCUCAAAUCAACUGAUAACAACAGGGUUUCAGGAAUUAGAUUCCCAUUCCUAUUUUAUAAAAAUAACAUUUAAUCAGUUUAUUAUAAUAGUUGGCGCAUGGCCAAGUGGUUAAGGCAUUCAUCUAGUGAUUUGAAGGUUGCUAGUUCAAGCCUUGGCUGAGGCAGCGUGUGUAUCCUUGAGCAAAGCACUUAACCACACAUUGCUCUGCGAUGACAUCGGUGCCAAGGUGUAUGGGUCCUACUGCCCUUCCCUUGGGCAACAUUGGUGGCGUGGAGAGGGGAGACUUGCAGCAUGGGCAACUGCCGGUCUUCCAUACAACCUUGCCCAGGCCUGCGCCCUGGAAACCUUCCAAGGCACAAAUCCAUGGGCUCACAAGACUAACAGAUGCCUAUAUAAUAGUGGAAUUGUAUCUCCAGUUGACUGAAGAUUAGAUGUUGCAUGGACAGAACAUGAGGAAACAUCUGCUUAAGCCCUCAACACAAAAAAGAUUCCACCCACAUCAGCCCCAGUUUUCCUCUGGACUACCCUUUAGAGAAUCACACAAUCAAUUCCCCAUUGAAGACUUAGCUGCCAAAACAUUGAUUUAUUUUCAAAGCUGUGGAACUGCUCGUACAAUCAAAAUGAGUGAAGAAUAGAAAACAAAUGUAUUUUGUAUCAGUCACGGUCAGCAUUUUCACUCCAUCGGUCUCAAAGGUAAUUAUUUGUGGUACCCUAUUUUUUACCUGUACUUUGGAUUCAAGAAAUGAUGAAUGGGAAUCACGUGUAAGCCAUUAAACUACAGACCAGUGAACUACUGCUGCCCUUACUGACAUCUGGACACAUGCAAUCUCCAGCUGAGGCCACUGGGCAGGCAAAUUCUGGGUGAUUUUAUUAUCAGCAAUGACAUAAUUGGCCUUCAACUGAGUACAAUUAAUUUUGGAGAUCACAUGGUCUGAGUGUUAAGAACUUGAGGUAGGCAGGCAGAAAUUAACUAUCUGGUCCCUACAGGGUUAAUAUUGUCACAUGUACUGAGGUGCAGUGAAAAACAGUUUUGCAUGUCAUUUAGUAAUACUUGGAUUCUCCGAUCUUGACCACAGCCUCAUUUUCCUGCCCAUUCCCCAUCAUCCUUGACUCACCUAUGGGCUCCACACCUCAGCCUUCAUUGCUUCCCUUUGCAGAGAUUUCUAAAGCUUCAUGAUCUUCUGAGAGAAAAAAAUAUUAACUUUUAAAGUGGUUGUCCCUCAUCCCCCAAUUGCACUCCCUCAUCUGAAAUCCUCCAGGAGGAAAUUUCCUUUCAGCAUCUUCCUUGUUCUAUUUAUAUUACUUCUCAUUCUUCUAAAUGCCAAGGCACUACCUUUUGUCAUGCCAAGAAUCAUCCUGUGUCAACCAAAGACUAAAAUGUGAUGCUAUCCAUGCCGUAGUCAAGAACUGAAUGGUUUCUUCUUGAAGAGGUGAAACGGCUGUGCUUCCUCCCACCCUGUCCACUGACCAGAAUCUGCUUAGGCUCCAGCACUGUAGCUCGCUGUGGUCCUCAUCUUUAAACUCAGUUGCUAAAACAACAAUCAUGAAAUUAGCCUUCCCAUGACUCACAGUCUCACACACACUGGUGCACUUUUCCUAGCAUAGGGUGAAAGGGGACUGAGGAGGAAAAAUACCCAUUAUUUUUUCCAUUUUUUUAAAGACAUGGAAACCCCACAGCAAUCAGUACCCAGAAACAAUUUGCUACUUGUUUUUAAAAUAUCAUGAUCUCACAAUUCUAGGAGCUCUUUCUCAGUCAUAAUCUGGUGGACACACUGUAAAAUUACAUUUUGGGCACUUGUGUGACCCCACACCUCUGGAAAAAGUAGCAAUUUAAAGCACUUUAUUGCUUUAAAUGUUAAAGAAUUUAAAAAAAUAGUUUCAAUGUCAACUAAUGCUUUUUAAGCCAGUAUUAAUUAUUACCUUAUAUUCCAAACCAGUUGUAAUUGUGUAGUUUUUUUAUUUGUAAUGUAUCAUUUGAAAUUGUCUCAGGAUGUUUUGUAUCACAAUAAAGCACAUGG